CUCAACGCUGACAAAAAGGAGAUUGUCACAGUGGUGGAGACAAGGGCGUUUUCUGUUAAAUACUUUUUUGGAACCGCACACAAGUAACAGGAGCUCAUGGCUGCGUGGGACCUGAGCGUGGCAGUGGAGGAACUGGGCCCUGAGGCCCCUCCCCUUAAAGUCAGCGUGACCUCUGAUCUACACAUCGGGGGAGUCAUCCUAAAGAUAGUGGAGAAGACACAGAUCAAGAAGGACUGGUCGGACCAUGCGCUGUGGUGGGAGCAGAAGAAGCAGUGGGUGCUGCGGGCGGCCUGGACGCUGGACAAGUGUGGCAUCCACGCGGAUGCGCGCCUCAACUUCAUGCCCCAGCACAAGCCCCUGCGGCUGGGCCUGCCCAACGGGGCCACCAUACGCCUCAAGGCCUCCUUCUCAGCCCCCGUCUUCCGCUGCGUCAUGGGCAUCUGCCGAAUACUCAAUCUCCGACACCCAGAGGAGCUGUCUCUUCUGAGACCCAUGGAGGAGAAGAAGAAGAAAAAGGACAAAAAUCCGGAGGAGGUGUACGAGCUCACCGAUGCCUCCCCCAACCCAGCUUCCAUGCUCACUCUGUCGAAUGGGAUGCCUGCCCACUUCGCCAAGUCUGCAGAGCACGAGGCGGUAUACAAGAUGCUGUCCAUCAGCCAACCAGCUCCUGCCCCCGAGACCAUAGCAAAGACAUAUCGACCCGCCAACGUUGUGGAGAAAGCCGAAGUGAAUGGCAGGUGGUUGGACUCAUCUCGCUCUCUGCUACAGCAGGAGAUCAAUGAAAACGACAAGCUGCUUAUACGUUUCAAAUACUUCAGCUUUCACGACAUAGAGCCCAAGCAUGACGCCGUGCGUCUGACGCAGCUGUACGAGCAGGCUCGCUGGGCCAUCCUGCUGGAGGAAAUCGACUGCACAGAGGAGGAGAUGAUGCUUUUCGCCGCGCUACAGUACCACAUUGGGAAGGUUUCUCUAGCGGAGCCCCAGAUUACAUCAUCUCCUGCCAUGGAUGACCUGGACUCGGCCCUGCAGUGUCUGGAGCUCAAGCUGGAUGAGGAGAGCAGCAGCGGGGCAGACAUGCUGGAGACCAUGAUGCCAGCCCCUGAACUGCACGACUACUUGAAAAUCUUCAGGCCGAAGAGACUGACUCUCAAAGGCUAUAAGCAGUACUGGUUCACGUUCAAGGACACGUCUAUCUCCUACUACAAGAGCAAAGAGGAGAGCUUCAGGGAACCCAUUCAACAAAUGAACCUGAAAGGCUGUGAGGUGACCCCUGAUGUUAGCAUUGCAGGCCAGAAGUUUUGUAUCAAACUGCUGAUCCCGGAACCUGAUGGGAUGAAUGAGGUUUAUCUACGGUGUGAAAAUGAGCAACAGUAUAGCAAGUGGAUGGCAGCCUGUCGUCUGGCCUCCAAAGGGAAGACCUUGGCAGACACCUCCUACACCAGCGAGGUGGAGAGCAUCGAGUCCUUCCUAGCCAUGCAGCGAACCAAUCCUGGCACCGCCUCCGCCCAGACGGACGAGAGCAUCAACACACACAGCCUAGUGUCGUUGCGAUACCAGAAGAAGUACAAACCGAAACAGUUAACUCCCCGCAUCCUGGAGUCCUACCAGAAUGUAGCACAGCUCUCAUUAACAGAAGCCAUUCAGAAGUUCCUCCAGAUCUGGCAAGCCUUGCCUGACUUUGGAGUCUCAUACUUUGUAGUAAGAUUUAAGGGCUGUCGUAAAGACGAGGUACUUGGAGUCGCCAACAAUCGGCUGAUCCGCAUUGACCUCAGCGUGGGAGACGUGGUAAAGACGUGGCGGUACAACACCAUGAGACAGUGGAACGUCAACUGGGACAUUCGACAGGUUGCUAUUGAGUUCAACGGCAAUGUAAACAUCGCCUUCAGCUGUGUGACUGCCGACUGCAAGAUCGUGCACGAAUACAUCGGUGGCUACAUCUUCAUGUCCACGCGUAGCAAAGAACCUACGGACACGCUGAAUGAGGAACUCUUCCACAAGCUCACCGGAGGUCACGAAGCGCUGUGAAGCAUCUGAUGUGAUGGACAUGAGUAGUGUUCACCAGCACAAAAUACCAGGGGGGUGUACUAAGAACAUUGUGAAGUGAUAAACCAGAAUUAGUUAACCUACAGGAAGUGGUAAACCUGCUAAUAGAUAUACCUGCAGUCAUCAGUUAUUAAAGAAAAUGAGGACUCAAGGCUCUUCUAUUAGAUGAUUUACCUCUACCACAAGGUUAACAUAACCUGGUUUACUACUUAACCAGCUUCUUAGUAUACCCCCUGGGUGGUAUUCCAAGAUCAUGGUUAAGGGAUAAACUUGGAUAAGUUAACCUACAGGAAGCAGAGGUAAACCUGCUAAUAGAUAGCCCACAUGUGUCAUUUAGUAACAGAAAAUGAGGAGUCCAGGCUCUUCUAUUACAUGAUUUACCACAACCUCAAAGUUAACUUAACCUGGUUUACUAAUACUGAGCCAGGUUCCCCUUGUGUUACUAUACCAUAUCGCAACUGUUUGUUGUAAUCGAUGUAACAAUGUCACACCAUGCCUGUGUAUUGUUAUCAGCAGAUCUAAUGGCAGUCAACCUCAGAGCAGCCAUACUUGGUGUUUUACAUUACGUGUACUGAAGUUUUAUGAAGUAAAUUCCCAUCUGAAACAUUUACUUUUCUAUGAUGAGUUGAACUUUCUUCAUCUUUCAAUAGGUCCACAUUACAGCACAUAUUAAAAAAAACUCAUGUAAGGCAAAACAGUUGCCCAUAAUGACAGUAUAACGCAGUUUCUAUAAAGCUCACACGAACACAUUCUGAAUAUCUGCACUUUUUAUAUUUCCACUAUUUGUACUAUUACACUAGUAUGACUUUUCACUCACUUCCUUCAAUGUAAAUAAAUAUUUC